AUGGGCAUUCAAUCAAUGAUUACAAAUACCAAUGAUUGCAGAUCCCUUAGGCGACAAGUGGAGAGCAUGAUAGCCAGAGGUGAGUUGGCAGAUUAUCUCCCGGCAAAGGAGUAUGUAAGGCCCCGCGAAGUCAACCCUUGUAAAGUAGAAGGUAAUCAAGUAAAAGUCAUUCACGUAAUACAUGGCAGAUCUGAAGAUGAUCAAGAGUCUGAGGUGGUAUACAGAUCCAGGCUGAGGGCAGCCCAUAAGCUCAGAAAGUUAUCCUCGGUCAAUGUUAUCACUUCGGGCAGCAUCAGUAUUGGAUUCGGCAAUGGCAACCUAUCCAGAGUUCAGCUUCCCCAUGAGGAUCCAUUGGUCAUUAGUCUCUUAGUGGCGAACUACGUGAUUAAGAGGGUUUUGAUAGACCAAGGGAGUAGUGCUAACAUCAUCACAAAGUCAGUCUUUGAGCAGCUCGAGAUCCCGUCAUCAUCAAUUCGAUCUACUUCUAGCCCGUUGAUGGGGUUCGAUGGCACCAAAGUAGAUCCUCUUGGGGUAAUUGACUUAUCCAUAACCGCGGCAAAGAGGACUCUGAAGGAGAACUUUAUCUUUACAGUGAUCCACUCUUCUUAUAAUCUCAUUAUAGGAAGAGGCUAG